AGUUGAAUAGUUAGUAUGCACCACGGGCGGGAGCCCCCGCCACGGGUUCACAGGGUCGAACAUCCUGGUCACAGGGGCGGGGAUCCAGAUCAUAGGGGUGGAGAUCCAGGACAUAGAGGCGGAGAUCAUAGAUCGAGUAGAGAGGUGUCAGGACAUAAAGAUAAUCAUGAUCCAUCAAGACGAGGCCAUCAUCGGGACCAUGAUCCUCGACACCACGGUCCAGGAAUGCCUAGACGACAUUUAAAUGAUCGACACCAUGUCCCACAGAACGGUCCGAAGGAUCGACAUAGAGGCGGUGGGCCAGAUAAACAUAGUAAUGGACCUCCUCCUCCUCCCCCUCACCACGCUCCGCUUAGUCAUCCUCCCCCUCCUAAGUUCACAAGUUAUAAACUAAUCAUUGAUCCGUUUAUCCACAAGGACGUGAAGGAGAAGGUCGUCAGGUAUGACGGAGAGAUCCCGGGGGAUCAGCACAGUAUCACACCUACUCCGGUGGACCCGAGGAAGCGGACUCUGAACCUCUGGAAGUUGGAGAAAUCGGAGGCUCUCGACCUCCCGGUGCCCAGGUUCAUCAUUGAUUCCAACUACACGGGAGAGCCUCCUAAGGUUGAAGUGACUCUGGAUAAUCUAAAUGAUAAUGUGGAUAAACAGUUUCUAGGGAAAACACUACAAAAAUUUGGUGAAACAGAAAGUAUUAUCAUCGAAUACCAUCCAAUAACAAACAAACAUCUAGGUUUAGCCCGUGUUGUGUUUAAGCUUGUGAAGGGAGCUCGGCAGUGUGUUGCUAGUCUGCAUGGGAAAACUAUGAUGGGAAAGGAGGUCAACUGCUACCUGGAUCCGAGGGGGAUGGCAUGUGCUAAGAUGUUUGAUGAGUUGACACGUAUCAAGGAACCAACCCCUCCACCACCUGAACCGCAACAUGAUGAUCCUCCAGCACAACCUGAGGAAACUAACUGGGAGCAGGAGAAUGCGUCCUGGGACCAGGACUGGAGCCGUGGAAAGAGUUGGAGGGAGGACGCAGGACGUGAGGAGGAAGGUUGGAGACGUAAUGCUUGGGAUAAUGAUGAUGCCCGUCAUCCUGGAUGGGAUGAAGAGGACGCAAGGGAUGCCUGGGAGCAUCCGGCUUAUGAUGAUUCCAGACACGGAAAAUCAUAUUCACAUAGAGAUAGAUAUAUGGAUUCCAGGACUUCUUACGAGAACUCUAACUCCUGGCAUGACCGGCGUGGACGAAAUCGUGGUCCUGAACGAGAUCAGGCCAGGGGUCGGCGGCAGGACCGAGGCUGGCGCGGACAGAAACAUCCGGACGACGAACCGCGGCGGGACGACGAAGAUUCAGAAUCGCAGUGGUCGAGGCGAUUCCCUGACACGGACUCAAGAUUUAACGAUUCCCAAGAUCUUUUUCCCGACCCAGAGAAAUCAACCUCACUACCUCCUCUCAAUUCGGCCUUACCCUUACUUCCGCCUCCGAUAUCCGCCUCGCUUGCGCCUCCAGUGGAGGAGGCAGAACAGAAAUUUGAAGAGGAGAGAUCUAUAGACCUGGACACUAGACUGCAAAUGUUGAUGAAGGGUAAGACGGCGAAUAUGCCUGCCUUCCUGCUUGGUAGUGAGAGCUCAGAGGCGGAGCAGGAAUCGUUUCCUCCGCCCCGCCCUGGACCUCUUUCUCGCACCCCAUCGCCAUUUCUUACAAGAGAGCAGUACAUGGCUAGUCAUUCAUUAACCUUGGAACAGGAGGACCUAGAUAGGGUCAACCUCAGCCUACCAAACAUUCAACCAUUUAAUAAAGGUAUCCAGGAUAUUGAGGGAAUGUCUCCAAUAUCUGAUCAUGAGAUGGGUCAACAUGAUUUCCUCCGUCCUGGCGCAGGUCAGGGGUUUCUUGGUGCUCCUGGAUACUGGCAGGGACACUUCCCUCAACCCUACCAAUCCUGGGACCCGGGGGAAUAUGCCCAGGGUUGGGGAGGAGGAAAUGAGUAUGGAUAUGAGAAUAAUCAGAGAUACGACGAGCAGAUGGAAGAGACAGAGCAGGAGGCAGUGCCUGGAAUUAGGAAGAAGGGACGGAAGGACAUGCUCAAGUCCAUCAUGGACAGUGUAAUGAAGGUGGUCGAGUCCGAGCUUAAAUCUAUCCUAAACAAGGACAUUAACAAGAAACUGUGCGAGUCCUAUGCUUUCUUGCUGUUCGACAAGUGGUGGACUGAACAGGAGACUAAGUACAAACGUGAACAGGAGUUGGAGUUUAAGAAGAAAGCAGGAACCUCGGGAACAACAGCCCUCCUCCCAGAUCGAGAGAAGGUUGAAGCGUUACCUCGGAUCCCUAAACCUGAAGAUCUCAGCAACCUUAUUGAGAUGCAGCGAGAGUCCGGGGCUUCAACCUUCGGUGCCGGCGGGAGCCUGGGUCUAGGAUUCCGAGGAUCUAUUCCUAAGUUUUCUAAGAGGAUUGAGAAGAAAUCUGGUGUACCUGAUAAGCAUGAUAAACUUGAGAAAAACGAGAAACGGGAGAAAUCCGAUAAAUCGAAAGAAAGCAAACUUGAAGGACCUAUGGAUAAAAGUGAUAAGAAAAAGAAAGACAAACAUAAAGAGAAAGAGGAGGAAAAAGAAAAAACCGAGAUUAAGAAAAAGUCUUCCUCGUCCACAAUAUACAAUGCAAUAUACAGUGAGAGUGAAAGUGACCGGGAAAAGAAGAAAGAAAGCGAGGAGAGUGAAAGCUCAGACAUAGAGUCAUCGGAGGAAGAUUCUAGUGAGGCUAGUGAUAGUUCUAGCUCGUCAAGUAGUGAUAGUGAGAGUGGGAGUGAGUCUAGCAGUGACUCAGAUGUUGUGAGUGUCAAGUCUAAAUCAAGAUCGCGUUCUGUUUCCUCUGAGCGACCCAAGUCGCCAAUCCUUGUCAAAUCUCGAAGUAAAUCUGCCUCCCGGAGUAAAUCUCCGUCUCCGUCCGUCCCAACCACUCCGGAAUCAACCCCCCUAAAAGCUGAACCUGAGAAAGCUAUUGUCCUUGAUUCUGGUUCUGUAUCUUCUAGUCCUAUACCUUCUAGACCACCUACACCAGACACCAGAGCUGCUCCCAAACCAACAGUUAUAGACGUGCCUGAUCAGAGUGAUACAGAUACAGGAAGUGAGGUUGAAAUCUUGAAUGAAGUAUCUACUCCGGGUCGUGGAACUAGCUCCGCUGUCACAGCUGCCGAGGCGCUGGUCGCUCUUAGUACUCAGGGUCCUUCAACACCGGUUAAAAUCCGCCACAUCGAAUCCUCUCCUCCUCACAUCAUGGAUCAUUGCUACGCCCGACCCGCCCCUUCAAAACCACGACGGGAUACCGUUUCCUCACAGGAUGGUGGCGGCGGCGGUUUCGACCAUGACUACACUAAACCCAGGACACCGCCGAGAGCCGCCCCGCCUAAGCCUGUUCAACCGCCGAAGGAGCGUUCUGUUGCUAUUAAAAAGAGCUUGCCGAUCCAACCUGUGAAGUUUAAAGCGAAGGAUAUGGCUGAGAAGUUUAAGAUUCUUUAUAAGUUUCUGACAGACGGAGUAGAUCUAGAGGAUGUUAUGUAUCUCAAGCGUAGUUACGAGAUGAUGCUGAAUGAAGGACUGAACCAACCCAACCUGACCUGGAUCAAUGACACUCAUUGGGUGGAUCAUCCCAUCACCUUAAUCCCUGAUCCUCCAAAGAAGAAAAGAAGGAUAGAGGAUUUCUCUAAACCUCACACAACAGGGAGUGCUAGGACUGAAGGGUACUACAAGAUGGAUCCCAGAGAAAAAUUUAGAACAAAAUAUCAUUUCCAUCGGCCGGGUGUGGACGCUUUCAACACGGCGAAAAUCGGCCACGGGAAUAGUCAAAAACCACAGAAAGCGAUCAGUUUAUCCCGUGAGGCGAGGUCCCAACAACGUCGUAUGUUGACCGCUCUUGGAGACGAGUUCUUAGAAUCUGAUCUUCUCAAGUUCAAUCAACUCAAGUUCAGGAGGAAAGCCAUGAAAUUCGGUAAAUCUGCUAUCCAUGACUGGGGUCUGUUUGCAAUGGAGAAUAUUGGAGCUGACGAGAUGGUGAUAGAAUAUGUUGGUGAAGUAGUCCGCCCUCUACUCUCAGAUAUCAGGGAGAAGAGAUAUGAGAAACAGGGGAUUGGUUCGUCCUACUUAUUCCGUAUUGAUCUGGACUAUGUGGUGGAUGCGACCAAAGCAGGGAAUCUGGCCCGGUUCAUUAACCACAGCUGCGAGCCGAACUGCUACGCCAAGGUGAUCAAGAUUGACGGAGAGAGCAAAAUUGUUAUUUAUAGCAAACAACCGAUAGCCAUAGGAGAGGAGAUUACUUACGAUUACAAGUUCCCUAUUGAAGAUGAAAAAAUUAGAUGUCUGUGUGGAGAAAAGAGCUGCAGAAAAUACCUCAACUAACUGGAUUAAGUCAAGCAAAGAAAAAUCGUUAAAAUUUCGAUGCUUUCUCAAGUUCAAAAAGUACACUUUUUAUAUGAAUGUAAUUGCUCAGUGCCGUACUCAGCCCAAAAUAUGAUGUACUGUGUUCUCAACUCUCAACCAAGUAGUGUACUGUUCACUAUUCUGUUCCCGUGGAAAAAAUACCCUUAUAUUUUGGCAUUGUAAUUAUGUAAACUUAAAUAAAUCUCAGACCAUGUGUUCAAA